GUGGUUUUUCGAGGCAUUAAAGUAUCCCCGCUCACACCGGCUGGUGGUGCUAAACGGCGUCGCCAUGGCGGUGGUGUUCUUCCUGGUGCGCACCGCCGUCAUGCCGUCUUACUGGGCCAGCGUAUUCGCCACCUUUGGCACUCCGGACUUUGAGCGCCUCGGUUUGGGCGCUCAGGUGGCCUGGAUCACGUCCUGCAUCGCCCUGGACAUCUUGAACACUAUCUGGAUGUACAAGAUCACCCGCGGCUGCUACAAGGUCCUGACCGGGCAAGGAGGACGAAAGGUCAAGGAGGACGCCGAGAAGGACGGGAAGCACGUCAACAACCACACAGACUGAAAGAGAAGUAGAGCAAAGGAUACGACCGACACGAACAGGGAGGGAGGCUGGACAUCCAGGAACCUCACAGCCUCAGCGUCCUUCCCUCUGACCCCCAAUCCAGUCUCCUUGUAGUUGGCUAGUGGACCGAGCUCGUCCUUCAGGUCCUGACCCCGACACGAGACAGAGACACUGCUCUUUGUCUCGCUCAAGCACCAGCCUUCGCAGCCUCCGUGUUAUCCUGCUGGGCGAUAGCUUUCGGUCACAGACGACAUGGUAGAGCUCACAAGCACACUUUUAACUCUGUCUUUCACUCGCCUCCUUCGCCCCCCCCCCCCGUAUCCUCUCACGCUCACCUUCAGCCAAAGCCCGAUCCUCUGAAGUGCCUGUGAAAGACAGGAAAAGCAAUAAUCACGGAGGAACAGGAUCACUAACAGAAGACAACCACCUCUCGCUCGCUGUCGCUCCCCGAGCUCCUCCUGUCGCUCAGACUCCGUCCACGCCGCGAGGAGACCCUCAGAGCGACGUCCUCCCGCCUCCGAUCCAUACAGUGUUUGUGAAUCUAUAGGGCUCUUGUCUUUAAACUCAUCAGACCUCACAAAAAGAGACAGAACAAACACCAUAAUGCCUCUUCUACAGUAUCACCUGCUGUGGCCUCCUGUAACACGUGGCGCCUGCCUGUAUCACCAGCCAUGCCCCUCCAACCUCCGGACUAUCGGGACGAUAUAUCAAACAGCUGAAUAUGCAUGCAGGAGAGACCAGCUCUCCACCACCCUGAGCUUCUUACAGGACCACUUUUGCCUUUUCAGUAUUCAUCGUGUUUGUAUUCUCUUCUUCGACACAUUGAGGUCUGAUUCGGAUCCGUGGAAACCCUCUGCCUCACUGGAUCGACUCCGCCAUCCAGCUCCAACGUUUGCUUUGGUUCUACCUCUCCCAUCGCCUUACAGAGACUUCCUGUCCUCUCGAGUUAAUCAACGUUUUGUCUCCUUUCUCUGUAAAGACUGGUUUUAGCCUUUAACCCUUUAGAACCUGGAUGGACAUCAGUUUUGUUGUGCUGCCCUCAGACACCAUUCACAUUCACAUUUUAACCUCUGGAACCGGAAAAAUCUGGUUCGAUUUCUUUUGAAAACAUGGAGAAAAAAGGCAACGAGCAACUUAGCCAGAAAUGUCCCACCAACCGAAAA